AUGUUUACUGCCCCAUACACCGUCGCUACUCAGGCGUUAGUGGAUGGGGUGAAGGAGGGAGACGAGAAGAAAGUAGUGAGCGCCAUUGACUCGGGAGCUGAUGUGAACGCUACACUCCCUCCAGACGACUCAGCCCUCCCAGAUGCUACAGUCCUCACCCUGGCAGCCAUCCAGGGACACGCUCACCUCGUGCCUCACUUACUCAAGGCAGGUGUUGAGGUAAACGAUAGAGGCACCUUCCCCUUCACGCCUCUACAUAUGGCUGCUCACUUUGGCCACCACCAGGUGUUAGAGGCCUUGUUGCCCUGGACACCUGACAUUAACGUUAAGGAUAUACACGGUGUGACGCCGCUACACCUGGCCGCCAGGAGGGGCCGCCUGAUGUGCGCUCAGCGUCUCAUCAAGGCUGGAGCGAUCCUGGACGCUCGGGAUAAGGCGCUACGCACUCCCCUCCACUUCGCUGUGCUGGGCUGCUCCACCGACGUGAUGCAGUUAUUGCUGGACUCAGGGUGUAACAGAAGCGCCCUCAAUAAUGUUUCUUUCUCGGCGAUGCACCUGGCGGCCAUCAGCGGGAACGAGAGAGCCGUACAGCACCUUCUGGAGGCCGGUCUGGAUCUGGCGGACGUGGACGACGAUGGUCUCUCCCCGGAGGAGGUGGCUGAGGCCUGGGGGCGACACAACACCGCCUGGCUCAUACGGAAGAUGCCCAAGAAGAGGGAGAGAGCCACGCCCACUCCUACCCAUACCAUCAUGGUAGGUCAGGGGUGGUACUGGUGA